AUGAACAUGCCCUGGAGAGGUGGCGUUGUCUACGCUCCGGCGGCAGGAGCGGCAGCCGGUGGCUGGCCGCUAGACCCCAGUCAAGUGCCUCUACCAGCUGGUGAGGAGGGGGACUUUAGCGGCGCGGCGACUAGACAAGCGCCGCCGCGAACUACUGGCGCGACAGCGAGUCAACAGCCGUCGCAGUCUCAAGGCGAUCAGAAUGACGUCGACAUGGGCGAAGACGUCCCGUAUGUUUUUCAUGCGCCGGCGAUUCCCCAAGCUCCGAGCUUUAGCGGCUCGACCAAGCAAGAGCGCCGCGUUUUUAUGCGCGCCUACCAGAAGUACGUGAGCCAAAUCAACGCGCUACAGACGGCCGGCGCUACAGGGAACGACGGAAAUCCUUCCCCCGUGGUACUCGACCAUACUUCUGGAAUAUUAAUAUAA